AUGUCUAUGGACCAGGAUGGGACCGAGGCAGCCAUUUCCACAAAAGCCUACACCGAUGGCCUCGUCGACAAGCUUGCCCAGAAGCUGCUAAUGUAUAUGAUCCCAAAACUUGCAGAAUCCAACCCAACCCGUCAUUACCGAGAGCCAUCCACUGAAGCGGAGCGCACACUUCAGCUUCUUUGGGCAACAACUCUUAGUAUCUCACCUGGAACUAUCAGCGCUUCCGAUAGCUCUCUUAAAUUAGAAGGUGACUCGAUCUCGGCGAUGCAGCUGGUCAGUCUCGCCGGUGGCCAAGGGAAGCUGUGCUUCAUUUUGGCAGACGUGUUCAGACAUUCACGGUUAGAAGAGCUCACCCAGGUUAUCUGCUCGAUUCAUGAGAAAAACGAAGUCAUUAUGCCGUUCUCUUUACCGAGAGAAGGUAAGGGCGAAAUUUGGGAGCUUGCGGCAAAGCGCUGCGGUGUAAUCUCAGAAUAA